AUGACGACGUCCCUCCGUCGCCAGCCCCUCUUUCCCCAUCCAAGUCGCAGCGCUCACCAUCCCUCCCCCACCCUGCCAAACUUCCUCCUCCUCCUCUCCCGAUCAAUUGCCCCCAAGCCCCAGCCUCGCCGCCGACCAACUCCUCUCCCCCAACCCCGCCGUCGCCGUCCUCCUCUUCUCCAACCCCGGGCUCUCUCGCAUCGGCGCACCGCUGCCGCCUCCACCCUCUCCCCUUCCCAAGCUGCUCAAGCGGCGCCCAGAUCCGCCACCGCCGUCCUCUACAACCACGCCCACGCAGCGGCAGAUGAAGGAGGAGACUUCCAUGCCUCGGCCUGCCUGGAGGACCUCCGCCCCGGUGACCUCUUCGAGAUCCAGUGGCGGAAGAACAAGGAUUUCCCCUACGACUGGUGGUACAGCGUCGUGGGUCACCUGGAGCCGUGCAACGCGAACGAGCAUCUCUGCCGCUGCCAUGAAGACGAUACAAUCAUGCUGGAGUUCAAGCACUACGCGGCUGGGUCGAGGUGGAGGCAAACCACGGUGAGCAGGAAAGACCACCGGGAGAAAGGGGACGAGACGGACGGCUUCUACGGCGGCAUCAGGAAGCUGCAGACCAAAGAUGAGAUCUCCACGUGGCGGCGAUUCUGGCCGGUUGAUGUGCUCAGCUGA